AUGGAUGAUAGAGCACCACAUCACCAGUCACGUCAAUGUUGCUACACUACAGGUGACCUGCAUGCCUUCUUUUCUUAUCCUCUUUGCUUCCAAGCUUUUACAAUGACUCUUCCUAAAAUCAUUUUGUCAUCCCUAGUACCUGUUACCAAGAAAUGUGAAGAAUCUUCUAUCUCGCCACAUCUAUCCGCCAGGCUGUUUGGUUUUCUUUUUUUCUCUUCCUUUUUCCAGUCUGAUUUCUUUUUCUUUUUUUUGCUUAUUUUAUUGAUAUUUUUCUUCAUUUUCCAUUUUUUUUUUCAUUCAUGUUUUUUGGAGAUUUUCUUUCCAAUUGACCAGUUUAUUUCUCUUUCCUUCAUCUUGAUUUUUUCUUUUUCAUUUCUGUCUUUGUAUUUCUUUUUCUUCCUCUUUCUUUUUCCUUUUUGUAUAUUUCUUCUUCAUCCUUCUCCUCUUCUUCCUUCUUUAGCAUUGUUUUUAUCUUGCUUCAUUUCUGCCUGUUUGUAUUUUCUUCUUUCUCUUCAUUUCUUAUUUACAUCAAGUUUUCUUCUUUUUCAUUUGUUGUUUACCCAUUUGUUUUUCCUCUUUUCUUCUUCCUUCAUUACUUUUCCCCUUCCUUUAUCGUUUUUACUCCUUUUCUUCUUCCUUUGUUUUUCCACUUUUUCUUCAUUUUCAUCAUUUCUCUUUCUUCUUUUGGCUAAUUUUCUUAUUUUCCUCACUUGA